GGCUCAGGAAUGGGAAUGACCGGGCUAUGGGGUGGUUCAGAAAGGUUUCAAGUGACGGGAAAGGAAUGUGCCGUGACCCUGUGUGGUGGAGCUGUGCGUUCCCAGAGCAUCCACCUCCAACACUGGAGUGUUGGGAAUUCUUGGGAACUAAGUUUUGUUUUGGAGUCUUUCAUUUUAAGAAGUUACAGGCAGAUGGCAGCUGGCGCUGCAGACAUCUGAAGCUUGGACUGGCUGGAGAAUCCACACGCUAGAUGGCUGGCUUACAGGCAGACCCUCGUGAAGCCUUAAGAAGCGUGCUGGCGCUUCUGUGUUGGCCUGUCACACAGAGCAACUGUCAUUCCCUGUGGAGUAAAUACCUGGAGGCGAGGAUCAGUAGCAGCCAUCUUAAAGGCGCAAAUAUGAGAAGACAUUACUGUUUCUCCACAGUUUGGAGUCUGUACGGGCCUUACAUGCUCUCCAAGGAUCCUGAAGACAGGAAGGAACACUUUCUUUUUUGCGGGAAACGUGAAAUUAAAAGAUUAGUCACUGUGGCUCUUGAGCAGAUGUUACCAAGACCUUCAUGCCUUUCUCAGGCGUUGUAUAUACAAUAUUGCCAUAAGGAGGCCCUCUUCAUCACUCGCUUUAGUCCUCCGAGCCGUGGCAUUCACGUGAAUAAGCAGUGGUAGAAGCCUGUGGAACAGCUCAUCUUACCAGAGGUGAGAGAGAAGAGCAGCAGUUGUAAAAUCUUCAUCUGAGGGUCAGAGAAGAAGUGAGAGGUAGGAAACUGCAGAAGGUAAGAAAAGGAAGGGAUGUGCCACAAGACCAGUGUGGGUGGUGGGUGUGGAAAAAAAAGUGGGGUUCCUGGACAGGGGAGGCGCCUCAUUCCUGGCCUUACCUGAGUGGAGCAACCUGGGUCUGGCUGGAUAGGAGGGCAGGUAUGCACAGUAUCCAGUGACAGCUGAGAAACCGGACUCUGAAGGGGGUGAACUGAGGCGGACAGAGACUCACCCGCCUGUUGCUGGCCUGUGGCUUUCUGUAGGGGCACAUUCACUCAUCCUUCCAUCAGAGUAGGUGCCUGAUCCUUGGGAUGAAGGAGUCUGCCCAAGACAGAGUUGACAUGUUCAUGAGAUCAACGUGGUCAUGAGAAAUCUCGACCAUGAUGCAAACACAGAGACCCAGUCUACUUGGCUGACUUGUACCACUCUCCCCCGCAGGCUUGAUUCCUGCCACCCUGGUGACUCCGUGCUGGAUGCUUAUGGAGGUCCCCGCGUCUCUGCAAUUCAACCAGGCAACCUCCCUCCUUCUCCCUCUCCUCAGCCUGCUUGUGCUGGUCUCAGCUCAGUUUACUGUCGUGGGGCCUGCUGGUCCAAUCUUGGCCAUGGUGGGAGAAAACAUCACGUUACCCUGCUACCUGUCACCUGAGAAAAAUGCUGAAGACAUGGAGGUGCGGUGGUUUCGAUCUCAGUUCUCCUCUGCAGUGCUUGUGUAUAAGGGCAGGAGAGAGAGGAGAGAGGAGCAGAUGGAGGAGUACCAAGGAAGAACCACAUUUGUGAGCAAAGACAUCGGCCAGGGGAAGGUGGCGGUGGUUAUUCACAAUGUCACAGCACACGAGAAUGGCAAGUACUGCUGUUACUUCCAGGAGGGCAGGUCCUAUGACGAGGCCAUCAUACUUGUCAGGGUGGCAGGCCUGGGCUCCAAGCCCCUCAUUGAAAUGAAGGGCUACGAGGACGAGGGCCUCUGGCUGGAGUGCACAUCUGCAGGGUGGUAUCCAGAGCCCCACGCAGUGUGGAGGAACCCCUAUGGCAAGGUCACUCCCUCCUUGGAGGAAGCCUACACUGUGGACGGAGAUGGCCUCUUCACAGUCACCAUGAUUGUGAUUAUCAGAGAUUCCUCAGUGAGGAACAUGACCUGUUCCAUCAGUAACGCUCUGCUCGGCCAAGAGCUGGAAACUGUGAUUUUCAUCCCAGAGUCCUUCACACCCAGCCUGUCUCCCUGGACAGUGGCUCUGGCUGUCAGCCUAGCUAUUCUGAUUCUGCUCAUGUCUGGGAUCAUCUCUCUCAUCAAGAAACUCCACAGGAGAAAAAAGAAUGUGUCAGAGGAAAAAGAUAGUGAAUGUGAAGAAAGAGAAAUUGCACAGCAACUUCAAGAGGAAUUGCGAUGGAGAAGAACCCUCGUACAUGCUGCUGACGUGGUUCUGGACCCAGACACAGCUCAUCCAGAACUCUUCCUGUCGGAGGAUGGGAGAAGUGUGUGUCGAGGCCCCUCCCGGCAGAGCCUGCCUGACAAUCCAGAGAGGUUCGACUGCCGGCCCUGUGUCCUGGGCCAGGAGAGCUUCUCCUCAGGGAGACACUACUGGGAGGUGGAGGUGGAGAAUGUGAUGGUGUGGGCCAUCGGGGUUUGUAGAGACAGUGUUGAGAGGAAAGGGGAGGCCCUGCUGCUUCCCCAGAAUGGCUUCUGGACCCUGGAAAUGUUUGGAAACCAGUAUCGGGCCCUGUCCUCUCCUGAGAAAAUACUUCCCAUGAAAGAGCACCUUUGCCGUGUGGCUGUUUUCCUGGACUAUGAAGCUGGAGAUGUUUCCUUUUACAACAUGAGAGACAGAUCACACAUCUACACAUGUCCCCUCUCAACCUUCUCUGGGCCUCUGAGACCCUUUUUCAGACUGGGUUCUGAUGACAGCCCCCUCUUCAUCUGCCCAGUGUUCACAGGAGCCAAGGGAGUUGUGGUACCCGAGGGUGGCUUGAUCCUACACAGGCCAAGGACCUGCCACCCCAUGCAGGGACAAUUCUCUAGUCUCAGAGCCAUGUAGGGAAGCCAUGACCUUCUCUACUACCAUGGCACUGCACCACCUGGUACAAACCAGCCCUUUCCUCUGGCCACAGGAGAGAGCAUCUUCCAGCUACCUCACACGCAGUUCAGGCCCAGGCCCAGUUCUCCCCCUCUUAAGGCUUUAGUGGCAGUGGUGCUUGAAAGGUUGAAGCAGGCCAAGUAUUCUUAGGGAACUGCAGAUGUUACACAGCUAGCAGCUGGGGAGGUCAUGUGAGACGGCAAUGGACAGAAGUAGAAGUACUGAAGAUUCAAUACCAGGGUGAGGAGGUUGAGCCAACUACUACACUGUGAACGUGGGCAAGGGCAGGGGGAAGUACCAGGAUGUGAGAGGAAGGAGAACCGCAGGACCUCCAAUGUGGAGGACGAUGAUGACAAUGACGCACAGAAGAAGUGGACCAGAGAACUGGGAGGGGCAGAGGUUGCAGUUAAGCCCCACCAUUACAGCUGUUGUGGGGUCUCUGGAGCUGACCAUCCAUUUACUCCCAAACCCCAAGAUUUCCAGACCUCACAACUAUGGGCCCAGACCUGUAAUGCAAAAGAAUGAAGAAUAAUGCAUUUGGAUUUGGUCUGGCUUGGGCAUGCUUGCAACAAACAGGAAGUUUGUCUCAACCACUGAGGGUGGCUUGAGAGUUUAGGUUCUGGCUGAGCAGGUAAGUAUUGGACCCAGUCUACCACAGGGCUCAGAUUUAGUGGCACUGCAGCAGUGUUAAUCUUCUUGGUCUCAAGAUGGCUUUAUUGAGGACCUGAAAUAGCUUUUUUUCUUUUGUGUGAAUAUCUGUUCUCGCCUACGGCACUUGAGAUUGAAACUGAGAAAAUUUUCAAUGUAUUUAUAUAAAAACAGGAAUGAACCAACUACAGGUUAAUAUAAACAGCAUGUCUUAGGAAAAGUAACUCGUUUCCAAAGCAAUAUUGAUUUCAUAAGUGUGGAAGAAUCUAAGUUUUCACACAUCUAAUGCCUGGCUCAAUAAAAGAUAGCUAGUUUCUUAUAUCUGCCUUUGCAUUUAAUCUGUUGGGAUAGCAAAGAAUUCAAAAGGAAGCCAGGUGUGGUGGAACAUGCCUGUAAUCCCAGCACUUGGGAGGCUGAAGCAGGAGGAUCA